CAUCAACGAACCAUCUUGUUAUUUCUAUUCAAAAUGACGCAAAAUUCAAGCCAGGGAAGCCAAAAGUCAAUCUUUCAACAGAAAGAUCUGGAAAAGUCUCACGAUCUUCUCGCAUGCACAAUUAAGGCGCCACCAUUCUCAUAUGUACACCUGCAGCUUGUCAGCCUCAGCGGCUCAUCAUCUGUCACACUUGACAACCUUUCGCUAAAGAGCUACUGCACAACUGCUCUUCGACGAUGUCUGGGGAUGGUAGGAACUGCAAUUUCUAUGGAUAUACUCAAAAUCGAAGCUGACCAUGCCUGGGUCCGUAUUCCAAGACCAGACCUUGGCUCCUUUGCGACGGCAAUCACAGCAUGGCAAGGCACAACCGAUGAUGGCGAGCAAGUAAGCCUACAACUACGACAAUGCUCAGACUGGCUAGGCGCCAUGGUUGGAGCGGACGGACAAGAUCGACUAUGGAAUGCUUGAAGAGUGGCAUUUUGUCAUAUUUAUCAUCAUUCAGCUGGAACCUCAUUUUAUCAUCUCAUCUAUCCGUAGAUGGGGGUAUAAAAGUAUGCAUGUACAUCGCCCAUCGGCCUACCCUGCAAAUGCACCGUUUCCAGACGCCAGGGACCUGAAUACAUCGUGAAAUCGCCGCCAGUUUCGCUUUCUAAAGGCUCUCCGUUUUUUCUACAUCAGAGAAGACAUGAGAGAGCUUUGCGCAUAUGCCUGGCAGUUGAUCAGUAUUGGGGGUUACGAGUAGGGCAUCGAGGACCACUCACCAUAGGCUUGAUAUCGGGAUGAGGCACGGCAUCAAAUUGCUCGUACUGGAGUUUGUAGUCGGGGCCAAUGUUGAUGUAGGCACCCCUGUUUUCUGUUGAGUCACAGUAUCGAGGGGCAGAGAAGACUAAGGAAAGGUCAGCAAAAGUUCAACAAAGAUACCCAGAAUAACUCACCGGUAAUACAGCGGCCAUCGUGCUGCACCUCAUAACCGUCCAUGCGAACCUCGUGACUUCGAAUAACAGCCUCAAGACCGUUCUUCUCACAGAACUUCUUGGUGAUGUCGGGACCGAACUGCAUACCGACACCACGCUUGCUG